CAUAUUUGCAGUUCCAGGAUGAGUUCACACGGGAGAGUACUGUUCCGCUGGAUUUGUCUGCAAGUGAUAUUUGCCUCUGUAUUGUCUGAAGACUGGGAGGCAAAUGUUGUGCCCGAAAUAAAAGCACUGACCACUUCUUGUGUUGUGCUGCCCUGCACGUUUAAGUACCCUGGUGCACAACUUCCAGACUCACGUUUGAGGGCAAUCUGGCACACAAAGGAAAAACAGGAUCAGAUCAUCUAUCAUGAAGAUAGAACCCGAGUGAUAGAUAACUUUAAAGAUCGAACGACUCUGCUUGGCCGUUUGAGUGAGAAGAACUGCACCCUGGAGAUAGAUAAAGUCAGAAACCAUGACAAUGGCCCAUUUUGUUUCAGGGCUGAAAUCCCACAAAAGGACCAGUAUUCAUUUCUGAAGAGCUGUGUAACCGUCAAGCCAACUGAUGAACCAGAGAAUCUGCAGCUGGACAAAAAGGAAUUCCUUGAGGAAGGAGAGCCAGUUUCUUUCAGGUGCUCUGUCAAACACACCUGUCCUUCUCACCCCCCCACCAUCACCUGGAGCUACCCGAAUAGUAACCCCACAGUGAACCACAGGGACAUUAGUAAUGGAAAUUGGGAAGCUGAGUCGUUGCUGACUCUCAUCCCAAAAGAGAAGGACGCUCACACAUUCCUCACCUGCACCAUUAAGUUUCAUGGUGGACAGACUAGAACUAUCACAACCCGCCUCUAUGUCAAACGUAAGGAAAACUACCUCCACAUCAUAAUCCCAGUGGCUGCAGCUCUUGGAACCGCUCUUUUAUUUGGAGUGAUGUGUUUCUUCAUGAGCAAGAAGUAUAAGAGUCAGAUCCAAGAGCUGCAGUCUGGAAACGGAUUUUUGGGUCGAAUGUCCAGAAUGUCCCAAAGGUUCAGGUCAGUGGACUGA